UUAAUUUGUUUUCCUCACAAUUGGCCAUGGCGGUACUAUCUCAAAAAGCAUCUUGAAAAACACCCAUUACUAACUUGAUUUCCAAUAAUAUGCCCCAAGAUAAUCAAGAAAUUCCACCAGCUACAAUGGUCGCCGAAAAUAAUCCAGGAGUAGCUAAAACAAAAGACGCAGAGGAUACGACAAAAAGUAAAGACGAAACCAAGGAAUCCACCACCGAUGAUGAACGUGUAACAUUCCAUUGCAAAUUAUGUGGUCUCCACGAAAGGGUACACUACCUUGGUCGGGAUCCACCAUUUGUUUAUGGUCUUGAGUUUUGUGAACCCACCUACAUUAUGCGUGAUCCCUUUCAACCGCCCAUACCUAAGUGGAAAUCAAAACCGGAGUAUUUUAUAGCAAUAGGAGCCUAUUGUAUACGAUGCAAUGAAAUGGUGUGUAAGGAUAAUGCAUGUAGUUUUUAUUUUAAAAACACCUAUUGUCUGACGUGUACAAAGAUAGUGGCGAAUACAUUUCCAAUGGAUAUUCAAGUCAAACUAAAGAAACAACUUUCGAUGGUGCAUUAAGCAAUGGAAUAUAGUUUUUUACACGCCUUAACAUUAUAUGGGGGCACCACAUGAAUUGUUAACCACAAUUUUCUGUCGACUGGAUUCACGAUUGAACCGAAUGCACUGAAAAAAAUCAGGACUAAUCUAUGACAUUGUUAUACAAUACCAACUUGACAUGAAUUUCUAGAUUGUUUAACAAUUUAUCUUUUAUUACCAUAUAUAUUAAUAUAAUAUAAAAAAAUGCGUUAAAUACAGUCAGGGAGAAACAUUAAUUAAAA